CGCUUUCGAAGUCAUGGAGCGUUGGAACGAUCGUGUAGCAGUCGUGACCGGUGCAAGUUCCGGUAUUGGAGCAGCGAUCGCGAAGGAUCUGGCCAAAGCCGGAAUGGUUACCAUCGGUCUGGCGCGUCGGGUUGAACGCGUCCAGAAUCUACGAAAGGACCUGCCGGAAGACGCGGCUAAAAGGCUGCACGCCGUCAAGUGUGACGUUUCAAUCGAAGCGGAAGUAGACGCUGUGUUUAAAUCGAUCGAGGAAAACUUCGGUGGAUGUGAUGUACUAGUAAAUAAUGCAGGAAUUAUGCGACCAGCUAAUCUAUUGGACGUUGGAAACACAUCCGACAUUAAAGCCGUACUGGAGACCAACGUGACCGGAUUAGUGCUGUGUAGUCAACGGGCGUAUCAAUCGAUGGUCAAACGAUCGGUUGAUGGACACAUUGUCCACAUCAGUAGCAUCGCUGGACAUAUUCUGCCGAGUUUUCCGAAAAUCAAUAUCUAUCCAGCUACUAAGCAUGCUGUGAGGGCCAUCACCGAAACGAUGCGCCAGGAAAUGAGAGAUGCUGGGAAGAAAAUAAAGGUUACGAGUGUUAGUCCUGGCGCUGUGCUGACGGAAAUUUUCGAGGGAUGGGACCUUCCCGCGGACAUGCAAAUGCUGCAGCCAGAAGAUAUUUCGCAAGCCGUUCUGUACACGUUGAGUACGCCACCACGGGUACAAGUGCACGAAAUCAUCAUUAAGCCGGUGGGAGAAAUCUACUGAAUUAAGCUGCACAGCAUCAGUAUCUGGGUUUGUAGAACUACAUAAUAAUGUGAGCACAAUGAUGUUA